AUAGAACCUUCUGGGAUCACUCCCAUGAAGUUUUUAAAGCAAUCCACACCAUCUUCUUCUUUUGCUCCAUUUUCACAACACAACAGACACCCUUCAGAAACAGAGCAAACAAACAAUGGCUGACGGCCUAUUUGGGCACCCAUUCACGCGAUUCCUCUGGAGUCCUCCAGUUUUCCGAGAGCGCUGGUCCGGUUCUACGGCACUCAUGGACUGGCUUGAAUCCCCAACUGCCCACAUAUUCAAAUUCAAUGUUCCAGGUUUUAGGAAGGAAGAGAUAAAGGUGCAGAUCGAAGAAGGCAACAUUUUGCAGAUAAAAGGGGAAGGUGGGAAAGAGGAGGCCAAUGGAAAAGACAUUGUUUGGCACGUGGCGGAGAGAGGGACGGCCGGGAAAUCAUUACCAGAGUUUUCUCGGGAAAUUGAACUGCCGGAUAAUGUGAAGGUGGAUCAGAUUAAAGCUCAGGUGGAGAAUGGUGUGCUCACCAUUCUUGUACCAAAAGAUGCUACCCCUAAACCAUCCAGAGUGCGAAAUAUCAAUAUUACUAGCAAGCUCUAAUAAAAGCAUAUAUGUCACCCUAGCUAGCCUGCUUGCUGCUAGUUGCUGCUGAGAAUAUGCAUAUGUAUUGUGCUACGGCUACAGCACAUGUUUAAUAAUCAAAUAAACAUGUAUCAACUUAAGCAUGUAAUAUACAUAUGAACUCGAUGAGGAUCACUCAAUUAUAUUUCA